UUAUUUUUGUGGUUGAUGUAUUAGUUAAUGUCUGAAAUGUUCGUUUUUUGGGACGCCACUGUUAUUUAAGUGAUUUACGUUAAGUUAAAAAUAAAACGUCUGUGUAGGACCGAAUUAUUAUUAGUAACGUUAGUUGUAUUUACGUUACUGGUUAAGUGGCGUUAAAAAGCUUUAUGUCGGUUCGUUAUGUCGUAACCAGUCAAUUCUAACAAUUAAAUCAGAGAUAGGUUGUUUAUUGCUGCAGACCAUUUCUUCAUUUAAAUUGACUGAUGGCAUAAGUGCAUGUUAUGUUCAGUCCUGCUGUCUUGCAUUCAGUAGCCUCAGAUGGUCAGCUGCAGUUCAUCAUAAGUCAUUAUUAAAAUAAACAAACGCUGGAGCUCGGGUCAUGUCCUCCGAUCACUCCGCGUCACUGGCCGGUACUCACGGCCUCCUCCGCGGCCAGCGCACCCGGUCCUACGGUAGCCUCGUGUCCUCUUCAUUAUCACCCGUUAGACAAAGGCGAAUUAAACAUAAAGUCCAGCCCGGUGAUACUUUGCAAGGACUGUCAUUGAAAUAUGGCGUGUCUAUGGAGCAAAUAAAAAGGGCAAACAGACUGUACACAAAUGAUUCAAUAUUCCUGAAGGAGUCCCUCUUCAUCCCCGUCCUGACGGAGUCUGUGUCAUUCACAAAUGGAGUGGAGUUGACCGAAGAUGAGACAAGUCCAGCACAGAUACACACAGAGAUUUCUAAUGAGAUCCCCAAAAGCCAAACAGACUCUAGAUGUGAAGCGAAUGCUGAUCUGUCACCAGUGGAGUACCUGAAAAAGAUAGACGGCUUGAUCAAUCAGUCCAAACAAGCAGCUGUGAAGACCUGCCACGAGGGAGAGAAACAGUUUUCAUCUAUGGAGCAGCUCCAUCACAGCAAUCCGACAUCUGACAGAGCAUCCUCCCAGCAUGCCGUUUUGGGAGCUGUUCCCAUUACAAUCACCAGACGGACCAGGAAUCUGAGGGAUAGGGAGGAUGAGAUCUUCCAGCUCUGAUGUAGGCAUUUAUUAGGACUCUUCUGACUGUUUUCUGUGUUAUUUGUACAAAUUGAUGGUUUUAGAAGGCUCCCUGUUUGGGUUUCAUGCCUUUUCCAGAGAUUGCUGGAGUGAUUUGCAAUAGUGUUUUUCAUAAAACUACUACCAGCUUUAGACAUGCACACAUAUUAGCACAGUAAAAGCACUGUAGUUUGAUGCCUAAAAGUAAUAAUGUGAAAUAUAAUUCUGCUGUAUUUUUUUUUUUAUGAGCGUAACAUAUUAAUAAUGGACAGUUUUGUGUGUGAAAUAGAUGACCGCAUUUCUAGCUUGAAAAAAAGAAUGCACUUGCUAAUUGAUACUGAAUUUAAUACUCCCAGACAAAUGCUUUGGGAAUGUGCCACUGGACAUCUUUCAGAUGCAAUAGUUUUGCACUGCAGUCACAUGCUUGGUUUGCUGUUUUUUUUUUUUUCUGUUCAAUUUACAUGGUGCUAAAGUGUCUAAUGCCCUUUGUGGUUACCAAAACAUGAUAAAAACUUUGUUCA